CCCCGGCGAAGAGAGAGACCGGGAGUUACGUUAUAUUACACGGGGCCGGGCGGAUUCUCGCUUCCUCAUAGUGCGCCCAUGAUGCGCCUCUCGCGCGUCGCCGCCGUCGCGUAUGGCGUUUGAUAAUCGCCGGUGAUACUCGCACGCAGCUGGAACGCACGUCGCAAUGUCGCAGGAAAGCCAGCGGUGAAGGGCUCGUCGAGCACGCGAGAGCGAACGUCGGGGCAUCCUUUUCUCGUCGGGCGCUCGGAGCUAUCAUGAAGACGGAAGUGGAGGACACGAGCGGCGACGGAGCGUGCGACGGCGGUCCCAAUCUCGCCGAAAGCACCAGCGGCCUGGUCGUCGGCCCGGAAACGUCACCCAGCGUAAUGGAGUGCGGUGGUUGCGGAGAGCGCGUACGCGAACGGAUCGUGCUGUGCGUGGGCGGACGUACGUGGCACUCCAGGUGCCUGAGGUGUUGCGCCUGUGCCAGGCCGUUGCACGAUCAGCACUCCUGCUUCCUGAAAGGCAUGCGGCUCUACUGCAGGCACGACUACGCCCUAACUUUCGGCGCGAAAUGCGCGAAAUGCGGACGCAGCGUGGGCGCCGGCGACUGGGUGAGAAGGGCCCGGGAGAGGGUUUAUCACUUGGCCUGCUUCGCUUGCGACGCCUGCUCGCGUCAGCUGUCGACCGGCGAGCAAUUCGCGCUGCUGGACGCGCGACUGCUCUGCAAGGCGCAUUACCUCGAUGUCGUCGAGGGCAACAACACCUCGUCCGAUGAAGGCGGUGACUCCGAGAGUGGGCACAAGGGCGGUAACAAGGCGAAGAGGGUCAGGACCACCUUCACCGAGGAGCAGCUCUCGGUUCUCCAAGCGAAUUUCCAAUUGGACAGUAAUCCCGACGGUCAAGACCUCGAGAGGAUAGCGCACGUAACCGGGCUGAGCAAGAGGGUGACGCAAGUGUGGUUCCAGAACUCGAGAGCGAGACAGAAGAAGCACCUGCACACGGGCAAGAUGAAAGGGCAGCACGUGCACCAAUCACCACCGAAUUCCACCGCGUCGCCCAACGAUUUCGGCCGUCAUAUCAAUUUGCACCUGACGUACUCCUUCCAGCAACAGCACCAGCAGCAACAGCAGCCGCAACUUAGCCCAGCCACGUGCAAGAGUCCCACGGGCUCCAUUUAUCAUAAUCACGGUUCGGAACAGUCGAUGGACGAGCUCUCGCAGGACUCGAUGCUAUUGUCCAUGCCGAACGAGGUUUAAUGACCGCGGCUCGGUUCAGCAUAUUGUAAAUACACGCAUUGCUUUAACGGAAAAAAAAAGUGUCAAGGUAGAUACAUGCCUCGAAGCACAGGUAUCGUUUUUAAUUUAUCCUCAAGGCGGGAAGAAGCUCGCGUUAUUACUCUUCGAUGACGCGCUUUCAUGUCCCCGGCAGCGGUAAAACCUGCACCUUUCUCGGUGCGGAAGCUUGUUAAAAGCGAGCAGCGAAUACACGUAUUGUUCCGCGUGUUUCUGACGCGAACAAUAUGUAUAUUCAUGACGAAGACAAAAGUCGGAGGAUUUAAAUGAAGGAGAGCGACGUGAGUGAGUGUGUAUAUGUGUGUGUGCGUGCGUGCGUGCGCGCGCGCGUGUGUAUAUGUGAGUGUCUGGUAGCGCGUGUGUAACUUCGUCCUGUAUAUUGAAUCGAUCUCUUUGUCUACCUCCUCCUCCUCGGUUGUGUUUGAUAAUUUUGUACUCCACCACUCUCAUUAUCCUUCCAUCCUCCCUCUCCCUUCGGCAAACUUAACGGAGAGACGUAUCUCUCUAACGUCAUCGGAGACGUAAUUCGCGGAGUCGGUGGAAUUUCGCGUGUCCUCUAGCAAUGCUUCAAAUGAAAGUAUCUUCCGUAGCGUCUCGAUAGUCGUGUAAACGUGAAAGAACCGUCAUUUAAUAUGAAUGUACUGUGAUGUAA